CGGGAAAACAGCUGUUUGUUUUUCUACUUAGCUUCAGUUCAAUUUGUAUUUUCUAUUUGUUAAAUAAUAUUCAAUUGAAUACAGUAUGUCCACACGCUGGUAUCCGAUUUAUCAACGCGGAAAUCCGCAACUACGAGUUUUCCUACCAAACUUCUGGAUGAAACUGGUGCGACCCACCGAGGAGCAGCCGGCUAAUGUAGUCACAUUUGCGGUGUCCACACAAAUGACCAAACAUGAUGUUAAAAACUAUUUGGAAAAGAUUUACAAAAUUCCCGUGGUGGAUGUGCGCACACGUAUAGCACUAGGCGACACCAAGCGGGAUCAGGUGUAUGGCUACAUCACCAAGAACGAGGAUGUCAAGUUGGCUUAUGUAACCAUGCCCAAAAAUGAAGCUUUCACGUUUCCCGACCUGUUUGCCAACAAGGCAGAGAAACAAGAGAAGGAUGAAAAGUCUAUGGACGAGUCCAAGCAAGGAUUCCGCAAAUUCUUGGAUCGCAAUAAGAAACGACCUGGCACGCCAGGAUGGUACUCUAUUUAGACAUAUAGGCAUUUUAUAGUUUAAUAACAUUUAUAUUUUGUUGAUGAGUAAACUGAAUUUAAAGCUCUGCUCCAAUUCCAA